UGUACCGUUCAUUCAAACGAUAAAUUUCAUCGUCGGCGGACCGUGUCGACUGCAAUAUUGCCGCGAGAUGUCGUGCCGAUUCGUGAUUAUUGUAAUGGGCUAAUGGCGCACGAGACGACCGAUUCAUCGAUCUGUGUGGUACAUUCAGGAUAAUUUCUUGAAUAAAUAUCGCGCGUACGUGACAGCGUACUCGAGUCACGCAAGCGUGUGUAUACGCGGCGAGCACGCAGAUCGUGCAGGGGACGCGUACGCCGUGGCGACCGGCAGUCGUACGUUUCGUACGUCUGCUUUCACGUCGCGUCCGGCGCCUCGUAAAACGCGGCGCGUCACGCUAGUGGAAAUCCACUGUACGCGAGUCCACCGACUGUAGCCCGCCGCGGCGCGUACAGAUGGUCGGCUACGUCUAUACGCUUACGCUCGCGGCCGCAGUGGGGGGAGAGAGUGGGGGCCGCUAGUAGACUCGCGUAUUCCAUGGGCGGGGCUUUGGCCAGCUGGCAGAUGUUUCCCGCGCGGCCGCGUCAUUCCUCUAGCGUAAACCUACGCGACGCGCAAGUAGUCCCCCGCUUUAGCGUCGGAUAUUUUCCUCGAUAGGCGAUUAUCGUGCAGGGGCGCGUUCGCGCGCGAAUCUACGCGAGUCACCGAACGAUCCGCGACGAUCACGAUCGCCGGAAACGUCAAAAUUAUCAGACGAUCGUGAGGAUGAGCUGACGGGGGAUUGGUCCGAAGUGAGUCGCCGUUCAGGGCAGAGCGAAGUGCGCGGCUUCCCCCCGUCGAGCGCGAGCAGCACGCCCGGUGAGAACUCGGCGACUUUCGAGAGUGCCCCGCGAGCGUGAAUUUCACCGCGAUCGCGUCAUCAUCGCACGCGCACCGAGCGCUGAUACUCGUGUCGUGCAUAAUACGCACGUUGUCGUCGUCGUCGCCGCCGAGUUGUGCCGCGAAAACCUAUUCGCGCGCCGCGCGCGAUGAUUCCACCGGCACGCGAGAACGGAGCGUCGUCGUUCCGUCGGUUUAACGUCCGGCGUUCCGCACCAGGCCGGUGUGGAAUUUUACGGUUUCUUCAGUGAAAAGGCGCUUGAAUGAAAAACCGAGAAAGAGAGAGAGAGAGGGAGAUAACCUCUCGUGACUGCAUGAAGUUGCACCGCAAUGAACUUAGUCGACUUUCGAGUAUCUCGCAUACGGGCAACUUCACGUCGAUGAGUACGCGCGUUACGUUCGUCGGGACAGCUUCUCGCUCGCGGUCGGUCGUCCGUCGUGCGUCACGCGAGUGAAAGAGAAGCGCGACGCGCCGAUCUGCGACUCUGCGAGAGGUGAGAACGAGCGCGCCUGGGCACGGAGUGGAAUAGUGACGUUCCUGACGCCGGGCGGCGGAGUGAUCCACGGCCGCGUCGUGGGGGCCCUCAGCUGUUUCCCGCCAAAGAUCGCCAUUACAAAACGCGUUCGGGCGUUGUGUGUGCGCGCCGCGCGGAGCGUGUGGCUGUCUCGCUGGACGAAUCUCCGUGCGUGCCGCCCGGCAUCUGCUGACGAGAAAAAAAGAAAGUGGAUCGCGUCGCGAGGCACGGCGUGAGCCGUAAGUGGCGAGUAUCGCGUUUUAUACGUACGUAUAUUGUAUUAACCGCGAGCGGAGACGUGUGUUUGAUAAAACCCGCGUUGUUUGUCCCCCCCCCUCCCCCUCCCCCCUUCGGCGGAGUGCGCGGUCGGCGAUCGGGCGAGCGAGCGAGCGAGCGAACGAACCUGACGAAACGAACGAACGAACGGACCAGCUGAGGAGAAAAGUGCGCGAAAAAGAGUAAGGGCGACAGCGGGAAGGAUAUCGAGGAGGAGUGCAGACGAGAAGGGCCCCGUUGUCUUUUCGUAGCCGCGACAACGGCUGCCGGAGUGAAAUUCGCUCAGCGGGACUCUCAGUGCUGCGGACCGACAACGAGAUAUGUCAGUGUUUGGUGGUGACGAUCGGAUUUUGCUCGAGGAAAUCGUCGAGGCGACUGAGCAGUCGGAGGCUGAACUGUGCGGGAGCGUUGAGACAGUCGACGACGGCUCGGUGACCACGAGUGUGACGGUCGCCGAAGUCGCUGAUACCCAAGAGCAGCAACCUCAACAGCAGCAACCGCCACAAUCCAAGGGCAACGGAACUGGACGCCGGGUUGCUAGUCAAAACGUUGGAUUGAGCAACGGCAACGGUGUGAGCAACGUAGGCCGUGUCACCCCGCGCAGCCACAUGGAGCAGGAGAAGCGAAUACGGCGAGAAAUCGCCAACAGCAACGAGCGACGACGUAUGCAAAGCAUCAACGCUGGAUUCCAGUCGCUGAGGACGUUGCUGCCGCAUCACGAGGGCGAGAAGCUGUCAAAGGCUUCGAUACUUCAACAGACUGCCGAAUACAUAUACCAAUUGGAGCAGGAGAAGACACAAUUGCUAUCACAAAAUUGUCAGCUGAAACGACUGGUGAACCAACACGAAGGUGGCGAUGUACCUAUCAAGAAACGCAAAGACACUCAAGGUGUCGUCGUCAGCCUACCAAUGCACGUCAGCGAGAGCGGCGAUGAGGGCCUAGGCAACGUGUCCCCCGAGCCGUUGUCGGUAAUCACAGUGACCACAGAGGGACAUUCCGUUGUGAACAGCGAGGUGGUGGAGCUCAGGCGACAGCUAGAGAGGGAACGUCACACGAGAUUGCAUUUAGAGAAACAGAUGAGAGCCAUUCAAAGCCAGUUGUAUCCAGAGAGAUUCCGGGACAAUCAACUAAUCGCUUAUCAGCCCCACGAGGUGAUCGAACACACGGACAACGUAAUGGCACAGGAGACGGAAGAGGCGGUGGCCGCACUCCAGGUGGUGUCGGUCAUGUCGCUGCCACCGGUCGGCUCCACCCAGACUGUGGAAACCUCCAGUCCGGAUCCAAGCUCGCCGCCCUUGUCGCCGCAGCCAGCCGACAUGGUACCAGAAGAGAUCAAGGAGGAGGAAUCGCGCCCGGGCAGCCCGAAGAUCGUCACCUUUGCCCAGAACCAGGUGUUCACGACGAUGGACGAGCAGACCACCGCGGAAUCGUUCUCGUCGUCGAGUCGUGUCACGUACGCCGCAUCGUCUGGCGCAAACUUCAAAACCACCUCGCCGCAGUACGUCACUGCGAGUCCCAGCCGACCGUUUUCACCAGCUACAGAGCCGCAACGGUUGCCGAGCGUUCUGGAGGCUGCGAUAAAGGCUGAGCCCAAAGUCGAAGUCGAGAGGCUGCCCUCUCCGUCGAAUUCUCUGGAAGACGGUACGCCACAGGCAAGGCUAUACAUCGCGAACACGUCCCGGCAGAAUCUGGAGACGAUCGUCGAAGCGAUACGUCAUCUAGAGGGCGAUCAUUUGUUUAGCGACGAGCCUGCACAGGAUGUGCCGCUGGCAUUGACCAACAAGCAGCAGCAGCAGCAGCAGCAACAACAGCAGCAGCAGCAGCAGAAUUCGACGACGAGCUCGACAUCGACGAAGUCCGUGACUACGUCCUCCGUCUCUUCCUCUUCGCCCUCAGCGACAUCCGCCGCAACGGUCACGUCCGCGAAGCAACGGAUACUGCACGCCGAGCACUUCCUCCAGUUUCACACGCAGCAACAAACCCAGCAACGGCCCGGCGUGAUCGUGGUUAAGCACUCGUGAUCCAGCCACACGCCACGUUCCGCGCACUGAGCGAUGCACCCGGAAAGACGACGCAUUCGCCUCCACCGCCCAGCAUCACCGUGGUUCGUUAUUUGGGAAUGAGGAAUCGCUUUCGAUCAGACUGAAAGAGAGAAAGAGCGCAUUACUGGCAGAGAUUAUCGCGAUUGUGUAUUAUCGCGCAUACAUUUUUCACCGUAGCUCUCUCUCUGAAUAGAACGUUGAAGAGCAGGAGGAGUGCUCUUUCUCUCUCUCUCUCUCUCUUUCUCUCUGUCCUCGUUGAUCUUUGACGAUCACCGGGGCUCUUGUUCAUUCGGACAUACCGCGAGAGACACGAAAAGGAAUGGAUUUCACGUAUGUUCCUACUACGCGCUUCGCUCGCCUUCGCCUCGACGGGGCCGGCACGGGCGUUUUUCGCGGGGGCAAAACGACGCGUCGCAUCACUAAAUACAGGGAUAAUGCAUGCGAUAAAAGUUUGUGUUUUUAGUUAGACGGGACAAAGCGAUCUUAUAUCGCGGAUACAGCCUAGGCGAAGGUAGAGCCAAGCUCGAAGCUCGACGAAAGGAUCCUCGUCGCCGAAUCGUCGAAACGAAACGUUCGUUUUCCCACUCUUUCUCAUGUAAAUACUAACGAUUCCCCAAUCCCUGGUCGUUUCCGACGAUCGCCACGAGAUCGCUUUGAAUCUCGAAGGGUUUCCCUCCCCCGCUCCCUCCUUCCCACCCACCUUCCUUCUCUCCGGGAGAAAAAUUCUCUCGCGGGACAUUCGCGUAACGCGAAGCGGACGUUUCUCCUCGCUCCCUUUUAGCAGAUAGUCCCCUUUUAGACUUAAGCGCGGUAACUACCACGGUAAUAUUCCUAGCGAAUAAGGCUGCGUACGUUGUAUGAUAUAUCAUAUAUAUAUGUAUGUAUAUGUAUAUAUAAAAAUAUACAUAUAUAUAUGUAUAUAUAUAUUAAACAUAUAUGUAUAUUAAAGAGUAUAAAAUACAUAUUUACGUUCUUUUUUUACAUUGUUGGAAAUGAAGAAGGUAGACGAGAUAACGACGAGAGGAGAGAUACUGAGAUAUUGUAACGCGACGCGUAUACAUAUAUGUUCUUUCGAUACUUAUUACGGGGUUACCACUGGACGAGCGCAAAACGACCAGGAGGAAGUGGAAGCACUAUCGAAUAACAGCGACAAGAUUUCUAAUCAAAAUCCAUCCGCACGCAAUGCUUAAACAUUGACACACGUUGGAGCAACGUCGCGCGGGAGACGGCGUAGCCGGGGAUCUCACGAUCAUCGACGGUCCCAAGGCGGAUCGCCUGUCCGGCACGUCGUUCCGCGCGCGCGCGUUCGCACGACUCACUUCUUCCGCGUUCUCGUCCGUUGCGUCGAGACGUGUCGCGGACCGAAAAUUCCGUUUAAUCUGUGCCAAAUAUCCCGAGAGAGUACCCAAACGUUUUGUUCCUUCGUACAGUAGACGUAAUGUGAGAGAUGUAAGUAAUUGGCGCCGGUCGAUAGAUCCGGUAGACCGAGAGCGGCGAGAGUGUCCGCGCGUCCACGAUCGCUCGUCUCCUCCGUUUCACUCGUCAAUGCAACAACGCGACGACCGGAGACGUCCCGCUUCACACGGCGAACUGGGGACUUCUAGCCGGCCGUCAUUCCCGUUGCGCUUAUCGACCAUCAUCGAUCUCAAAUAUCGGAGUAACAGUCAGCGGCGACAUUAAUCGUCGAGGGCCGAGGAGGAACCGCGUGAUGCUUUCCGCAACCAAUUCUAAAUUCUGCUAUGUGUACGAAGAUACGUUGUACGAGCUUUCUUCUACGGAUAUUUUCGAACGGUUCGCGGAUACGAGACUAAGAGGCUUGGAAUUCACAGUUUCUCGUGCCUUUUGGGGAGAGGAGCGAUCGGCGAGGAUCGAACGAUCGAUCGACCGGCGAUGAAAGGAGGAGAUUCGAGAUGUCUUUUGUUUUUUCCGUUCUUUUCUUUUUCCCCUUUCCUUUCCUUCCCUUCGUUCACACCGCGUCAGUGUAUUACGUACGUUAUUUUCUUGUAUUAGUUCCGUUUCAUAUGAGUUUCAUCGUUUCACCGAGUGAGUGCAUGUGUUAUUGUGUACGCGAUACAUGCGUUAUCGCCCGCGAAUGUAGACCCAUAGAUCAAUCAAUUUUGAAUUAUUACAUAUUAAUAUUCUUUCUCGCCCCCGUAAUUUACUAUUAUUACUAUUACACUGCUACUACCAUUACUACUAUUACUACUUUCUUUUCUAUGACAUUGAUCGAUGUACGAGAGCGACGUAAGCUUAAGGGUUUAAUGCAUAGGGUUUUACGCCUACGAAAAAUUAAUUUUUAAGUAUUCCUUAAGAGUAUGCGAGUAAGCUAGUAAGAGCGAAGUAAAAUCUGCGCGAUAAGACAGAAUUAUACGAUUAAGAUGUUUAGUUAACGUCCUAGCGGUUAGAUAAACGUAGGAAUUGUUUAGCCGAAUACGCAAUUUGAGAUACACAUCUAGAUUAAUAUUGUCUAUCUGUACGAUAAAUGUGACGCUACUCUCCGUAACUGUAUUGCGUGUAUAUAUAAUAUCUUCUAGCGGAUAUCUCUCGCAUAAAACACAAUCUAGCUGACGUACCACGAUACUAAAACCAGUGGGGUAAUGUCGGCUGCAACGCGCCCUUCGUACCUUUCGACCACCGUCGUUCGACGAUGCCUCAUUUCGACAAGCGCAUAUUUGCAUAUUUUUUUACGCAUCACUGAUUAUUCUCGUCGUUUGAUUGUUUCUGGAUGCGCGGGACGCAAGGAUCGCCAAAUGACGGUCCUGCGGACCGGACCGAAAAAGAGAACGCGAUAUAUUCAAUUCAUUUCCGAAACGUACGAGAGGCGCCCCCCCCCCCCGCGUUAGGAAUUACGAUUCUAUCUUAGGCUUUCGACAUUCGCGAUGAAAGUGUGUGAUGCUGCGUUUUUCGCGCGAGGCUCGCGGAUUUCGUAAAGUGAUGUACAAAGCUCGAUGUCGACAUUCACGCGAGGACGCACGAGGGCCUAAAAAAGCGAGUAGAAAAAUUCACGUUCGCCUUUCGUAUUUUCCUGACGAUUCUGCCCGCGAUUCUGCGCGACAAUCGUCAUCGUUUCCGCGGCAAGAGACGAUGUUUGAUCACCGAGGAGAACGAUCGCUUUCUCAUCUGGCAGAAGAGAUCGACAAAAAUGCCCCAAGUAUGUAAUUCGACGCGGUCGCUUAUUUGCCUAUCAAUCACUGUUUAUCGAGUCAAGUUUUUUAAUUGUCGAGUCGAUCGGAAAAAUUGCCGGGUAGAGGCUCGCGAAAAUACGAAGAGGCGUAAAUCAUUGAGGCGGCCGAGGAAUCGAAUUUCUUUCCCAGGCGAGUCCGAUGCAUGUACGUUUGGUUUCAAUGAUUUCGAAAAUCUCGUGCGAGUAUCCUUCGGCGCUUCCAUAAUACGCGUACAGACACAGAUAUAGAUAUACACGUACACGUUUACAAAACAAUUACACACACCCACGCAGACACAUAUACACAUACAUGCGCGUAUGUAGGUAUAAUACAUACGUAAAAAAGUAUACGAGAGUGUCGCGCGCAUACGUCGCGUGUGUGCCGUGUUGCACGCAUUUAAGGAACCUCUUGACGAACCUCAGGUUUCGCAACCGAUACCAAUUCUUUCUUUCUGUUUCCUUAGCCGUUUCUCAUUUUCGACGGGUUUUUCUUUCGUUCCGCGUAUCGCCCUUGUUGGCAUCACUUCGUGUCGCGGUUUUUUAACGGUGAACGAUGGCAGGGAACAGGAGGGAGGAUCGAAUUGCAAAAAAUUUAUUGAAACAUCACUGCGUACGUGCCGGUGUGGACAAGAUCGACGAUAUCGUAAGAUUGGGCCAUUUCCAAAUUUGUCGUUCAAGUUGUCGAUCAAACCAAGAGAAUUUCGAAGCCGUUCUAUCGGACCAAUUUGAACCACUGAACGCUCUGUACAGUUUAAUGCGAGCAUUGAAAGGGGAAAGCAUCGUAUCGCGUGCUUCGUGCAUACUGAUAUCAUUCUCUGUAAUCGCGUCAAGAUAAAACAAUAGCGACACGUAAAGAGAAAGUUUUGUUAUCACAAAUCAUUUGUUAACUGAUUUGAAGUUUUCUUUUUAUCAUACAUGUAAUGAUGCAGAGGAGAUAUUAAAGAAUCACUUUUGCAAGCUUUUGUUAUGUAUUUUAAUAUUUUUAAGACAAUACGAGAGUUUAUUAAUAAUGGUUAUUACAAUAAUAAAUAUACUUGAAGCUUUAUAUUAAAUAUAUGAGUACACAAGUGUUUUGCGUUCUCCGUGAAAUUUGCAUUUAAUAUUGUUGGAUUAUUCAUACCGAUUACGAUUCAUACUGAUUUAACUACAUCUUAUUUUUUUCGACUGAUUUCGACUGACAAUAUAUCGUAUCUUUUUGUUAUUCGAAUGUGACAUGUUUCGUUAUUUAAUUGGCUAUGCAACAAGAUGUAAUUUCGAGCACUCAUAUUGUUGGGCUCACACGCAUCCAUGAAUGUUAUCAGUAUGAAUGAUGCCCGUCAUCUUAAAAUGCCGCAUCUUUUUUCCACAAUGAUAUAGAGUCCCUCACGAAAAUUCAGUCGAAUUCUCGUUUCAAUUCUUGUGCAAAAUCCUUUGCAUGAUUCGAUGCCAUGUGAUACAAUAAUGCUGUUGAUGCUACUUGUGUUUCACGAGUACACUAAUCGAUACUAGUCUCGCAACAUUAUUUGUUAAUACAAGUUUAGUUGAAAAAGAAAUAUAUUAAAAUUUACGAGUAAAACUGUGGAGCGAUUUACCGCGAGCGUUAGAUUUCGCUUCACAAUUGGUGCUUGUUUUUUUUCUAAAACUUUGAUUUCAACUUGAGACGCGAGACAGAGGCAAAUGAGACUCGGAUAAAUGUGAGAUCUCACAGUCGCGUUUGAGACAUAGGCAUCAGAGUGCAUGAGGGAUUUUCGGAAUCGAAGAUUUCGGAUAUCGUCGAUCCAUCUGUGCAAGGUUUCAAUGAUGAGCACACCGAAAGAUGUUGAUCUUCGAGCAGCUCUUUGUCCGUGAGACAAGACGCAGAAAAAAAAGUCCCACGAUGCAUAUUGAAGGCCGCACGAAGAUCAGCCGCAGUAAGAGAGCUGUCGCAGUGUACCGCGGUAACACGGACACUCAAAGAGCGAACUUUUUUAUCGUUAAAUAUACAUACACAUAAAAUGAUGGCUCCUAUAACUUCUUUACAGCUUCGUUGAAGAGAACGACAGUUUACAGAAUACAGGUUUAGCUGCUAAAGAAAGUCGCUGGUAGAGUAAUGUAAGCGCGUUGAACAGAGAGUGCGUGAGUGCGUGCGAGAGAAAUAAGGAAAGGAAGAAGGGAGGAACAGCGGGGAUUCCGGGAUUUGCGGGCGAGAGCGUGGCUGUGCGAAUCGCGCGACGAAGUUUUUACCGUUUAAAAUUAAUCUCCGAUUUGUACGUCGUGGCAAAUGGCGACUGAGAGUGGCGCCGAAAUUAAUCAAUCGACCGACUCUGGAAGGCUACGGGUUCGCGUUCGUUAUUAUUAGAAGAGAUAGCGCUGACUCUUGUCUCCCUGUAGCGUGGGAGGAGAGAUUUCUAAUCUAGAUCUAAGGAUAAAAGAAUCUAAAGAAUCUUAGAGAAAGCAAAAUUAGACCGUAUUUUAAAUGUCAAGAAAAAUCCGAGAAAAAUGUUAGAAAAAUGUCUUUUGCGCGUCGUGCAUACACACGAAAGAUCAGAACAUUUCUCGGACGUUUCUGGACGUACGCGUCGUUUGGAAAUCACUGAACGACGUCGAUGCCCGUUUGCUUUCUAGAGCGCGGCGCAUACGAAAUUCGGCGAUGUAGACGUUCCGCGGAAAAUCGAGUAAUUAUUUUUUUAAUCGGGCCAGCAUCCCGCUCUCUUUCGCCACGGGCCCGCCAGAAAAGGUGUACAUAGCGUGUAAAACCAUAGAGCGUUAGAAUGCUGGCGGAAGAAUGUACAACAGAGAGGUGGUAGAUAGGUAGAUAAACAGAUAGAAACAGAGAAGGCACCUGUGUGCGCUAGUAUGUAUGUGCGAAAGAGAGUGAGAACGCGAGAAAAUGCUAGAUACGUAGUUUGCGCGUAUAAAAUAGUGGAACGUUGUAACGAGUAGGUAGCGACAGAUUCCAGAAGUCGUUUUCAGGAAUAGAACUGAGUAGCGUGUGCGUCGCGGGCGCGUGUUCUUUGCGUGAAUUUCUGUGAGCUAGAGAGAGAAAAUGAGAGAAGAGAAGAAGGAAGAGAGCGUGAAAGCGCGUAGAUGUAAUAUGUAGUGCGUCGAAAAGAUGUUUCCUUUUUUUCAUAUUCUUGAAAUACAUUUCCUUUUUUCUCUUUUUAAAUGAUACUAAACUGGACUUGGGAUGUCAUAUCGAAACUCUUAUACUUUCGCGAUACUUUUGAAGUGCAGGGUCGACCGGAGGUUCGACAUAUAGACAACGAACGGAAAAUUGACAUCAAGCAUCCGUUCGAGACAGAAUCUGAUCGUGAAUAAAAUAUGUUUCCGUCUUUUGUAUAUUCAUUCACGUGCUUCUUAAAUCCGAUGUUAACUCUGAUGGAAAAUUUCAAAGAGAAUCUUUGAUCUCAAUCACGAGCAGUGAAAAAUAUAUAAUUAAUUGUCGAAGAACAGAAACUCAUUCUCAAUCGAAUAAAAUCGAAAAAAGAGUUUUUCAUUUUUUCUUGUUAUCGUUUUCUUAAAUAAUCUUAAACUCUUAAUGUCGAUACCAUAAGUAUCAAUUGUGCUGAAAUUUUAUCCGACAUAUAUAAUAUGAUUUUCGCUAAUCAAUAUUAUCCUAAAUAUGUCGCGGCAAUGUAUCAACUACGGGAUAAUUAUCAGCCAAGCAUUGAUGAGACGCUUUCCUCGAGAAGCGACAAUGUUCCCUUCAGUUUUUAAAGAGACACCUUGAAGACACUUUAACUGUAACUCGAAUAAGAAUAAGAAAAGCAUAAUGUCGACCAAUUAAAAUCCUAUUAAGGAGCCUCAUAGUGCAAGACCGAUACAAAAGAUUAACGUGACAGCAAUGUAUCGCGUUGUAUGUGAUAAUGAGAAAUUUAAAGUGUGACAUAAAGUAACAUAGCAAAAAUUGAAGUAAUUUGCAUUCCAGAAAUUGCAAUUUAUCUAUUUCAAUUAACAGCACAUUAAUCACGCCAGAGAAUCAAUUCUAUCAAUUGACAUUAUUAAACUGAAAAGAAUAUUUCAAGAUGGAGUAAUUAUUACCGAACCAGAGAAAUUCAUCAUUGGGAAAUUUAGGAAUUAAUAUAUACACACAUUAAAAUAUUUGUAAAUACAUAUUACACAGACACGCGAUGCAUUGCUUCAGUUAUAUAAUUUCCAUGCACCGUCCAGUUGAUCGCAAGUACGAAGAGAACGGAAAGACUUUAGCCGAGAAAUCACGUGGCUUCUUUACAGACCACUUUUUACACUGAUAAUAGUCAAUUCGAAUCAAAAAGUGUUCGAUCGUCUUUUCCAUAUUAAGAUUCCAGUCGAGAGAUCUGCGUUAGUAUUUCGCAAUUUAUGCAAUACGCGAGGUAACUCGACCAAUUAAGCUUAACUCAUGAUUGCAGACUUGAUGGCAAUUCAGCCAUGUUCAGCCUGUCGGUUACUGUUCAUCAAUCAUUCGCGAACGAUCGUUCGCGGAAUCUUCUUACUUAAAAAAAAAAUAGGAGUUUUUAAUUACGGAAUAAUUAACGAUGGCAUACGAUAUUAAAAGUACGAUCCAGCUAAAAUGGACAAACUGAAUCGAUUGAAUCUUUCUACAUUUAUCACUCAAAGUUACUACUUGCAUUAGUCGGAGAGUUCAGAAUUUGCAUGGUUUCGGUGCAUCUGUGCAUCUAUAUUUUUCUUUUUAAGAACUAGAAUAAAUUUUAUUAGUAUAUCUUUCAAUUUUAACUUCUCACAGUCAUAUACAAAUAAAAUCUUUUAUUCUCGCUUUUGCAGAUUACCUUAAUUUUUUGAAAAGAUGUUACAAAAAUCGUUCUUUAAUAGUUUUAAGCGAAAGAAUUAAAUAAGUGAAAAUUGACAACCAUUAGGCGAGAAAUUGUAAUUGAAAUUGAAAAAUUAGAUAUAUAAUUCUUUAAAAAAAUAGAUUAAGCCGUUGAUGCACCGAAAUGUCUCUCGAUCGUUUCACCAGUUUUCUACAGCCACAUAUCUGUUCAAUCGAUGAUCGUCGUUUCAUCUCUAACAAUGACCACGAAGACAGUUGAGCUUUUCUAUUACACGGAGAAAACGGAGUGAGGCGGCACCGUUCAUGUUAGAAUAACGUGCUUUUUUCUACGUGUAGACAAACGAUAGUCCCACGAUACGAGCGCAUCCUCGAUACUCGGUAUCGGGUAUCUCUUUUUGAAUGAACUGAGACGGGAGUAUGACUUCUCGAGACUGACAUGAGAGAGCCAUGACACCGACGAGGGUACCGGUGUGGGGGAGUGUAAUUAAUCAAUCGUAAUAAUAACACAAAAAAGCUGAGACUCCAAAAAAAACGUAAUCGAAAAAAAAAGAAAAUGAAAAAGUUCCUCAAGUUUAAGCCGCGUUUGCCGCGUGUGCUCGCAUUCCCUAUCCGAGACGCGACUUUGCCUGAUGAAGCGAAUGCCGUCCGCACGCCGUAAACGCCGCCCACACCACAAGAACAGACUGCCAUUGAGUUUUCAGUGUACUCGUUUGUAAUAAAUAGUUGUAAAACCCAGCCGGGAAUGAGCUGAUCUGAGAGCUAGUGGAAGCGAAAGGAUGACUAGUAUGUAUGUAUGCGUUGCGUGAAUCAAUGACGGAUUUAUCGACGAGUGGUCUCACCCUUUUUUCAAUUUCAUCAAUUCACAAGUAUCUGUUUCCCUGGAAAAUUUACGCUCAAUAAUUAAUUGUGAGCUUUGAAAAUGGAUACGGAGAACGAUGUUACAUUCGAAGAGAUUGCGAACCGCGUAAAGCGGCCAAUUAAAGGCUCGAGAUGAAAACAAGCUUAAGAGAUUACCAAAAAAUUAAAAAAAAAGAAGGAGAUACGAAGAAUCAUAAAGUAAAUCAUUGAGAAAAUGCAUGUCGCUCGCUCUGGAGCUUUAAAUCCGUCACUGGCGUGUGUGAGGCUGUUCGGGCCGUUUGUAAGAGAGGCGACGCGCGUGUAAUCCUUUUCCGUGUGAAAAGUCUUCUCGGGCUGUAAAAUCCGGAUCUUUCUGUCGACGUUCUGCCGCGCGAGGAAACGGCUUUGUUCCUCGAUGUUAGCCGGGAAUGGCACGGUCUUAAAAAUCUGCCGCAGGAUUACGCACAUCCGAACGUCUCGACGGCAGAAUCAUUCGGAACUGGUGGAGAGCUGGAUGCGGGAUCGUGCGCGGAUAUUGGCGUCCCAUCCCUAUUCCCAUCGGCAGAUUCCUUAACGACUCUGGCCGAGACCCCGCAUGAAUCGAUAAUGGAUAGAUGGAGGGGAAAAGAUAUAAUUCUCUGUGAUGUAUUUCUAUGAUUUAAUUCUAUGUAAUUGUGAUUAUAUGUCCUUACGGUUACAAUUAAUUAAUAUUAUUUGCGAGUAAAGUUCGCCGUGUGCAAGUUAUCGAUUAGCGGUUUAGUGUAAGAUGGAAUGUAGCGCGAUCGAACAUUUGCCGAGAGGCUGUCCGUGUGUAUUCUAGACACUAAAGAGGAGAAUCGCCGAGACACACAUACAAAUCGUACAAUUAACUUUGUUACGAAAAUACGACCGUUAAUCGCCUCUAUCGAAAGUCGAAGUGCGUCUGGGAAUGAUGUAACAUACCGAGGGAGAGAAACGAAGAGACGUACGGCAAGAUGCAAGUAUAACGUUCUCGCGUGAGGGUAGCUUAUCUUUUACUUGUAUUAUUUAUUUGUAAGCGGUGGACGAACACAACGACGUUGCGAUCGUCCCGACGAGUAUACUCGAUGCGAGUGUGUGAACGUGCAAGAACUCGAUUUGCGUAAACUUUUUCAAAACAAAUUCGCAAGAUUUGCUCGAUGUUUUAGCAUCCAUAAUUGGCAAAAGAUGCGAAAGAUUCGAUUCGUCGGAAACGCGUGUAAUAUAAUUAUAAAUGCUAUAAAAAUUUAAUUAUCAAAAUUCGCAAACGAUAAGUGAGAAAAAUUAGACUAACGUACAAUUAGUUGAAGGUAAACAGUUUCCGAUUGUCUCAUUAUUGUAUUUCUGCUUUCCCCUGAUGCUUGUCUUCAAGAAUCAAAAACACGGGUUCCCCAAGAAGUAACCAAUCUUGUGUCGAUUAUCGGCCAACAUGAAUUAUCUAGUAGUACGAAGAAUAGAAGGAAUAAACGGGGAUAUCAAAAGUGCGGCGUAUUGUGAAACGCCAGAAACGAUCGGAAAGAAGAAAAAGUAGGUAGUUAUGUAUAGAGUGCAAGAAAGAGAAAAACAGAGAGAGAAAGAUUCAUGAUAAAAUGGAGCGAAAGAGAGUGCGUCGAUUUUGCGAGCGAGAGUGCGAGAGAGAUUUUCGAUUAAGCUCCGUAAAAUAAGAACGCCGACUGCAUCACGGCGACUCGGGCGAAUCCCGGAAAACGCUCGUUGAUAUCUGCGGCCGAUGACGAGGAUGAUCCGCAUAAUUCGUUCGGGUCGGCGGAUAGCGUUAAGAACUAUGAUUACUGUCGUACGUGAAACAGCAGAGAAAUGUCGGAAGCGGCUGGAAAAAGCGAAGGUUUCGUGCUAAGGCGGCUAAGGUUCGGGAACUCGGAACCACGGAGGAAAUCGCCAAAGUUAUACAGGGCGUCCCAAAAUCUCGAAAUGUUCUUUUAACCACGUAUUCCACGUAGAAUCCGUAUGUUCUCGAGGAAAGCGGGGAGUGACGAAAGGCUUGUGAAUUAUUGGCGUUCGAAAAUAAGAAGAGCUCCUCGCCAAUUAGGCUUCCGCGCGGGAGGUAAAUAAGUAGCAAAAAUAUUCUUCAGUUACUUUCUAGUGAAUUUCACUUUGGUAGGAUCUCAAUCUGGAGAUGAUCCACCUUAAUAUAGAGCCAAUUCGACGUGUUAUUAAAGAUUAAAAAAUUAUGGGAAAGUAUAAAAAUGUCAUAUACCUCCGCGAUAUUUUGGCUAAGCGAAAAUGCAGUCGAAAAUAAUCGUGAUUAAAAGGACACAAACUGAUGGUUCUGCAACACCCUGUAUUGUAGGACACCUUCCGAAAUAAACGCGCGAAGCGAUAUAUUCGGCUCUUAUCUGCAAUUGUUCUGUCGAUUGGUAUCUUGCCACACAUAAUCAUUCC